UGUGCUCUGUUACUAGUCCAACCUGAGUCUCCAAAAAGCAAGUUAUUGGAAGAAUUUGCUAUAUAUCUCCUUAUCUAAAACCACUGUAUUGUACUACUCAUCUCCUUAGGAUUCUCAAGGCUAGCUACUUAACAGUUUUUGGGUUCCUUUAGUAGAUUUCCAUGUUUCGCACAAACCCCAGAUUUAAAUUUCUUGAAGUUUUUGUUCUUUUACUUUGGAAUUUGAAAAGUCUAGAGCUCGUUUCAGUUUUCAGUUUUCAAUUUUCAAAAUUUUGAGAUUUGAAGAGGUUAACGUGGUCUAUAUAUAGAAAUGGUUAAGUUGUAUAAUAUGAUUUGUGAGAAUAAUGAAGAAGUGGUUGUGAGAGCAAAUAAGAGAGGGUAUGUUGCAGCUGAAGACAAAAAGCUGGAGCUGAGGCUGGGUCCUCCUGGAGGAGAAGAUCGUCAGUCACUUCUCUCCCUUGGUUGCUGCAACAACAAUAUUCCUCAUGAAGCCAAAAGAGCCUGUCAUGAAGAGAAAAAAGAAGAGAGAAAGUGGUUGGCAAACAGUUCAUCAUCAAAUCCUGCAGCUAGUGCUUCUGAACUUACGAAUUCAGCUGCAGCUCGUGACUCUGAUCAGAAAAGUAAAAGCAGAAUUGUACAUGCUCCAGUUGUCGGGUGGCCUCCGAUCCGUUCAUCCAGGAAAAAUCUUGCAAACAGAUCAUCAUCAUCAAGCUUCGCAAACCCGGCAGCUGAUUCGGAGUCACCAAAUGAAACUUCGAAGGAGGGAAAUGGAAAAUCUGAUGGUACUACUUAUUCCAAGCACCACAUGUUUGUAAAGAUCAACAUGGAAGGAGUUCCCAUCGGAAGAAAAAUUAACCUCAAAGCCUAUGAUAGUUAUGAGAAACUCUCUUUUGCCAUAUAUGAACUCUUUCAAGGUCUUCUUGCAGCUCAAAGAGUUUGUUGUGGCGUGGAGAAAGAAGACAAGAAGGGAGAGACCAAAUCAAAAACUGAAUCAUUACAUGGCAGUGGGGAAUAUACUCUACUCUAUGAGGAUAAUGAAGGGGACAGGAUGCUUGUUGGUGAUGUCCCAUGGAACAUGUUUGUAUCCACGGCAAAGAGGCUUCGGGUAUUGAAGAGCUCACAGCUUUCCACUCUACAACUUUGUAGCAGUCCGCAUGAAAAGACACCACUUGAUUCUACAGUGGAAGUUGGAAUCUGAAGGUGAGGCAGUUAAGUGGAGGAAUUCCCAUACAUGCGAUGAUACGAAGCUCUACGUAGUUUAGGGGUUUCCAUCAAGUUUUCUUUGCUUCUUUUCCUCCCUUUAAUGGCCUAAUUAAAUCUUGUAUAUUAAGGAUGUUGAAGAUCUCUGUGAUUUUGUGUUUUCUGUAUCUCCUUUUCUUGUUGAAAUAUUCAGGUUUAUAGCCCUUUGGGCAUUUUGUAGAAA